AUGCAAAAAAUGCAGAAUACGCAAAACAGUUCGAUUUGCUUUAAAAGGAGGCCUCUUAUGAAAUAUAAUACUGAUAUGAACAUAGAUGACAAUGUAGAAGAUAAUGUAAGAUAUUUUAUUUUGUAUGGACUUAAUAAAUUUAAAGGAAAUAAAAAAAAAGAAUUCAAGAAAAAAACACGACGAAGAAUAAAAAUUGAUAAGAAAAUAGCUUCAUUUGUUUUUCCUCGAUCAAGAAAAGAAAAACGUAUAAGAUUAAUUUAUUUAAAGAAAAUUCUUAAAAAAAAAUUAAAAAUAAAGAAAUGUAUGAAAAAACUAAGGCAGAGAUUACAAGAACAUCAAAAGUUUAUUUCAAAAUUUAUUGAAAAAAAACAAGAACAAAAAAAUAGUGAAAACAUAAAAGAAGAAGACAUACCAACUGAGGAUAUGGACAAGAAGGAAUUAAUAUAA